AUGUACCACGUCCAGAAGGGCCAAUAUUUGGAAGAGUUUCUCUCCUUUUUUCACCGUUCGUGUUUCAACCCCAUUCGCGUCUCGGCGCGCCAUUCAUCAAACCAGCAGGCCAUCCAAUCGCCCCCUCGGCCCUGCACUCUGGCCUCUGAUUCUGACGCUCCUACUUUGCCACAUAUCACGUUAUCUCCAAUGACAUUAACUUCCUCAUCAGAGAUCGUCUCUCAUUCUAGUAAUACCUCUGGUACCUCGCUCGAUCUCAUGCAGAGCCCUCCUGCCAUUGGCUUGGUUCCUUCUUUGCCUUCAGCUUCCAACUCAGUCUUAACCACAGGAAUCUCAUCUAGUCUUCUCUGCACGUCAGCAUCUGAAAUGGAGAAGAAGUUUGUUUUCGGGACGGGAAGUCAAACCAUGGCCCCCAAUACUUCUGUAGUAUUCAAAACCAGUUCUUCCAGCAACGGGAUAUUAGGACCUCCAUCACAAAGGCGGUCGCCUUCUUUACUAGAGCACCGGCUCCGAGCCAAAGCCUUUUGGAACAACGCUGGUAUCCGCGAACCACUUCAUGGCGCAGGCUUGAAUUUGACUGGGGAUGACUUUAGCUCAGUACGACAGUCUGUACAGAGAGAAUUUUGGCUCGGAUACGGCUAUUUGGAGGACUUUCUUAAAGAUGCAGAAAAAUUCAGACUUGUUUCCAUGGCUAGGGUUUGGGGCUAG